AUGCCUCUACGUGCUAAGGUAACUAACCCUGCCUUCCGGACAGCUGCGAUGUCGACAUCUCCAACCCUUCCCAAAGAGCUCCCCGGCGACGAGCCUGACGAUGUUCUCUUUACCUCCAUCUACGGUCUACGCAGCGUCGAGCUCAACCGACCUAAGAAACUCAACUCUCUCAAUGGCUCCAUGGCGCGAAAGAUCUUGCCCCGUCUGAAGGAAUGGGAAAAGUCCCACUUGGCAAACAUGGUCCUUAUUUCUGGAGCAGGAUCCAAGGCGCUUUGCGCCGGAGGCGAUGUUGCGGCACUCGCACUCCAGAACGAGAAAGGUGAAGCUGGACAGAAAGCAUCGUCAGAAUUCUUCGGACUUGAAUACACCCUCGACCACACGAUUGCGACUUACACAAAGCCGGUUAUCUCAUUCAUGGAUGGGAUUACCAUGGGCGGCGGCGUCGGCCUGAGCAUGCACGCUCCAUUCCGAAUUGCGACCGAACGAACUGUUUUCGCCAUGCCCGAGACUACUAUCGGCUUCUUCCCUGACGUGGGUGCCUCAUUCUUCCUGCCACGCUUGGACGGCGAGCUCGGCACUUACUUGGCUCUGACCUCUGAGCGCCUCAACGGCAUAGAGGCUUUAUACACCGGUAUUGCCACCCACUACCUACACUCGAGCGUUCUCAGCAGCGCGACCCAGCGUCUGUCUGAGCUAGUCUUCCCCGACCACAUGGAGCUCCCCGAGCGCCUGAACAUCGUGAACAAGACCCUCGCUGAAUUCUCGGUUGGCCUACCUCAAGAAGAGAGUGUACGCGUUCUUGGUGAUUCACGACGUGCUAUCGACCGCAACUUCAAGUUCAACACUGUGGAAGAGAUUCUCCAGUCGCUGGAGAACGAGAGCACUAACGUCCAAUGGGCACAAAAGAUGCUGGAAACCCUCAAAGCUCGCUCCCCAACUUCGUUGAAGGUGACUUUGCGCCAAUUGCGUCUUGGCAGUAAGUGGAACAUCUCCGAGACGUUCCAGCGGGAGCACGAGAUCGCCGCAAACUUCAUGCGCCACCCCGAUUUUGUCGAGGGUGUCAAGGCCCGUCUGGUGUCCAAGCCUGCACGCCAGGCAUCUUGGCAACCGGCUUCUCUGAGCGAGGUUUCCCACGAGACCGUCGACACCUUCUUCAAGAUCCCUGAGGGACAGAAUCGCUUGGAACUUUUCAGCGACGUCAAAUAUUUCAAGUACCCCCACCAGCGAUUCGCUCUCCCUACAGAAGGCGAAAUUGAGCAGUACGUGCGUGAAAAUAGGAAGGAAUCGAAACAAGCCAUCACACAGACCUUCGUCGAGCGAUGGGGUCACAAGGAGGGUGUUGCCGUGAAAGUCCAGGACGUACUGGCGAGAAGGGUACAAAAAGACGCUAAGGGUCUUCUUGAAUGGAUUUCAGAAAAGAAGGCCAAGGCUGUCAAUGUUGAGGCCGAUGUCGAGACUAAGACCAAGGCUGAGAGCGAGGACAAGAGCAAAAGCGAGAGCUCGUAA